ACUGUCAAAUACAAACUCCAAUUCCAACUGUCAAGACAUUGGACAAAAAAAAUGAAAGCAGAAUGAAAGUUUGUGUUUCAAAGAAUUAGGUUGUGGACUAACAGAGAGUGGCAUAUUAAAACAUAAUUUUGUAACAGGAAAGGGAGGCUGACAAAUUGAAAAAAUGGAAAAUAACCCAUGUUCCUUUAAUAUAAUGGAAUUAAUAUAAUAAUAUUUUGUUGUUUAACAGUUAUGUCCCUUUAAAUUGAUAAUAGUUUAUUCGUUACAAUGGGCGAAGCGUACUUUAACCUGUCUCGAAAACUUGAGGACCUUGGCUAUAACAACAAGUUGCCGAUCGAAGCGGUUCCAUUGGUAGAAUCUAUAUUGGCAGACUUGUUGCAAACUACGCGCAGUUUACAGCAUUAUAUGGAUUUGUCAAAGGAAGCAAUAAUGCAGCGCGACUCUUUGAUGUUAGAAGCAGAACCCUAUAAAUGUGACAAUGCCAAACUAAUCCAAGAAAGUAACAAACUUCACAAAGAAAAUAUGCAGUUAAGAGAAGAUUAUUUAAAAUUUACUAAGGAAAGUAAAAGGAAGAUUAAAUCACUCUCAGAAGAACUUGUCAAGAAGGACUCUACAAUAAAUAAGUUACAAUAUGAAGUCCGAGAAUUGAGUUUAAGAGGACUAUGUGCUGAAACUCAAAGUAGUCGUAAUAAGAGCCGCAGAAAGGAUAAUGAUCAAGUAAAUAAAAUUUGCCUUUGUAAUGAAAAAAUAUAUUCUAAUUCUGAUAAAGAAGUUACAGAGCUAACAAAAAAAAUACAAUUAUUAGAAGAGAAAAAUAUGGAAUUUUAUGAUGAAAUUAUGGUGUUGAAAAGUCAAAUAGAACAUAGGGAUAAUGAAAUUAUAAGACUAAAUAUUCUUCUAGAAGGUGGAAGGCCUUUAUCUGCAAUAAAUAAAGACUGCUGUAACCCUAAUAUUGACAGUAGAGUUCAAAGUUUGAUGAAAGAAUUACGUGAGAUGGAAAUUGCUAAUGAUUUAUUAAAAAAGGAGGUUGAAAGAGGUUUAGCAAAGCAGCAUGAAGCAAUGUUAAGGGCUCUCAGUCUAGCUGAUAGAAAUAAGACAUUACAAGAAGAACUACAAAAGGUAGAUUCAUUAGCUUUAAAAGUUGAAGAUGAUGCUAAUAAAAGGUUAGCAUCUAUGCUAAGUGAAAUUAACUUUUUACAGACGAGGAUAGAAGGUUUGACUCUGAAAAAUUCAGAACUAGAAAGAGAAAUUUCAACUCUAAAGACAAGAAAUAUUUCACCUAAAAUGCUUGAUAUUCAAGAAUCUUUGAAUAGUGCCUUAAAAGAGAAUAAUGCAAUGCACAAAGAGAUUAAAGAUUUGGUAGAGCUCAAUAAAAGUCUGCAAGAUAAAAUUUUAUCACUGCCACACAUGAAUAAGUCUGCCCGCUUUAAUAGUGAAUAUGAGCAUUUAAAAGAUAAAUGUAGAACUAAAUAUGAAUUACAGACAUUUCUUGAAGAUGAAAAGAAGAUGUAUGAAAAAUACAUAAAAGAUAUUCAAGAGAAGAUGACUGAGACUAUGAAAGAUUUUAAUAAACACUUACAAAAUUGUAGAUGUAAAGAAUCUCCAAUUACAUCAAAAGAUAUUGGAACAACUUAUGAAGCUUCUUUUGUCAGAGAUUUACACACAAAAUUAUGUGAGAGUGAACAAAAAAUGUUGGUGCUUAAAAAAGAAAAUGAUGAAUAUAAAAUUAAAUUGGCUAAACAAGAAGAAAAUAAUAGACAAAACUAUAAAGAUGUCAUUAACCAAUUAAAUGUUGAAAAUUCUGAGUUGACUAAAGAAAAUAUUAAUUUAAGUCAACAAUUAAGUCAAUAUAAAAAUUUACAUUUGCUUAAGUCUAGUGACAGAGGAGAUUAUUCAAGAGAUGUGAAAAAGUUGAAAAUCAAAAUUGAUGAAAUGACACAUGAGUUACAGUUGUUAAAGAAAGAUAAACAAGAAUACAAUAUGAAAUAUAAAGAAGCAAUGGAUUUAGCAGAUAAGUUAAAAAGGGAUCUUGUAUUUAAACAAAAUGAAAUUGAAAGAUUAGAAGAUGAAAACAAUUCAUAUAAAAGAACUAAUAGAACUGAAAAAGCGUCUACUGAUCAUCUUAAAGAUGAAUGUAACUUUUUAAGGGAACAACUGAAAAAAAUUCAAAGUGAUAUGAUAAAAGAAAAGUCCAUAACAAAUCAAAUUAAGAAUAUCCAAGUUGAAACAGAGAGAAGUACAAAUAGUAUUCAAAAUGAAUUAUUAUGCGCUCAGAAGAAACUCAGCUUAUCUAAAGAAACAAUUGAUUCACUAGAGUUUAAAUGUAAAGAAUUACAAAAUGAAAUUAUAUCAUUAAGGGCUGACAAAUCAAACUUAAUAGAAAGUAUAAAAAAAGUGGAUCAGGAGCGUGAUAAACUAGUAAUUGAAUUAGAUAAUAAAGUUGAGAGUAACAGCUUCCUAGAACAAAAGUUAAAAUCUAAAACAUUUGAGAUGACUAAGUUAGAAGAGGAAAUUAAGGAACUUAAAAGAAAAUUAAAUGUUAAUAAAAUAUCUGAACACAAAAUAGCAGAUUAUGAAGCACAAAUAAGCUUUUUAAAUGGUGAAAUAUUAAGACUAAACCAGCAGCUUGAUACAGCAGUUAUGGAAAAUAAACAAUUACAAAACAGUCUGGCUGAUGCUAAUGGUACUAUAAAGAUUAAUAAGAUAGAAUAUGAAAAAUCAAGGAAGGAAGUUGAAUGCUUAAAACAGCAAUUGCAGCAUUAUGUAUCAGAAAUAAGAAGAAUUGAGGAACUGCUUUCACAAAAAGAAGCAGAAAGAUCUGAUAUGUUAGAACAAUUUGCAAGUUUGUCAGUUGAAGCAAACAUACUUGAAAAUACGAAUCAUUCUUUAGAAAGUGAAUCUGCUUCAAAAUCAGUGCAAUUACAGACAUAUAUAAGUAAAAUAGAAAUGUUGGAAUCUAAAAUAAUGGACAAGGAAAAUAUGAUAGAGAGUCAGUCAUCUCGCAUAGCUGCCAUGUCAUGCAAGAUAAAUGCACUGGAAAAUGAAAUUAAACUUAUAACUGAAGAAAAAAUUAUAUUAGAACAAAAUAUAUCAUACUUAAAACAAAUGUGUAGUAAUUUAAAAAGUGAACAUACAGCAAGGAUUGGAGAUGGAGAUUCAGAAUUAAAAAUAUACGAAAAUAGGAUAAAAAGUUUAUCUAGGGCAAAAGAAAACUUAGAAUUUGACAAAUGUAAAUUGAAAGACAAUUUAGCUACAACAGAAAAGUUACUAUCAAAUGCCAGGAAAGAAAUAGUAGAACUGAAACUAGCUUUACAGGAUGCCACUUCUGAGACUAAAUCAUUACAAGAUAGUGUAAAUAGAUUAAGUAGAAGAGAUCCUGAAAUUCAUGAGACUACCCUCACUACAGAACACUUUGAUUUGCCUUUGAUGUUGGAGGAAAUCCAUGAAGUGAGUCAUGAAGAAGAUGAUGAAAGCUUGCCUUGUCAUGCAAUGCAUAAACGACUUUCAAAGUACAGUAGUGGAACUUUAUAGGGUGACACUAGAUCCUUACAAAUAAAUUAUUUAUUUAUAUAGAUUAAUUGUACACAGGGUCCAAAAUAUGUUAUUAUGUAGUAUUUUUUGUGUUUUUGAUGUUUAGUAUCAUGUUGACUGAUGUAUUGUCCCAUGUAUUUGAUUAAUUUAAUGUUAACAUAUUGGAUAAUAAUCUUCAUUUUAGUAAUGCACAAAGUGUCAUAUUGUACAGUUGAUAUUAAACAUAAUAAAAUAUGUCAUAUUGUG